AUCCGAGCGUAACGCCUCGACGGGUAAAGAAAAAUAAAAAGCCAACCAACCAUAAAAUACCAGCUGAGCAAACGUAAACAAAUCUCUACCUUCCGUAGUUAAAAUUUAAAUUUUAUUAGAAAUCGAAGUCUUGUUGAGGUGAUAGUUCGUUGCCGAAUUACCAAGAGUGUUCCCCUUAUAAACGCCCGAUAGGUUGAAAUGAUUAUUUGGUAGAAUUGCGGUGCUUUUCGCAGUUAAUCUUCCGGGUCGAUCUCCACCCCCCGCAGAGCCAAGCGUAUCCGGAUAGCCAUUCUCUCAGGUGUUAAUAUUUGAAACCGGAAUCAAAUUCGGUACCGAGCCAGCACAAUGAUAACGCUGACGCGGAAAAAGAAAGAAACCAGCUCCAACAACUCGGUGGCCGAUUCCUCAAAGCGGAUUUCGGUCCGAGAGUUCUUGCUGGUGAAGGAAGUGCAGGAGUUGGAGCAAAAUUUACCCACCACCUGCAAGAUCACCUUCCAGGAUCCGAAUGUGCUGAGCGAAUUUACCCUGGCCAUCACACCGAACGAGGGCUUUUGGCAGGGUGGCCGAUUCAAAUUUAGCAUCCACGUUCCGGAGGAAUACAACAUGGCUCCGCCGAAAGUGAAAUGUGCAACCAAGCUGUGGCAUCCGAAUAUAUCCGUCGAGGGCGACAUUUGCCUCUCGCUGCUGCGGCUCAAUUCCAUCGAUGGACUCGGUUGGGCUCCUACCCGAAGGCUGAAGGACGUGAUCUGGGGAUUAAAUUCGUUGUUUACGGACCUCCUCAACUUCGACGACCCGCUCAACAUCGAAGCGGCCGAACAGUACUCCAAGGACAAGGACAAGUUCCAGGCAAAGGUGCGGGAGUACGUAUCGGCGUACGCACGGAGAUAAUCGUUUGAGUUGAUGCAUGCUUAACGUAGUAGGUUACCAACUAAACAGGAAUAAAAACAAAAAUUACACGCGGCCCAACACAAGUGUGGAACUAACGGAACCACUUUCAAACAGUAACGAGAGAACGAGUCAAGUGCGACUGGGUGGAUGAAUGUUUGAGGGCUAUGCUCAACCUAGGUUUGUAUGCGCGGAAAUGUCAGGUAUGUAUGCAUUAGAAAAUACUAUAGAAGAACUAAUUUAAGUGCUAGUGCAAGAUUUGGAAUUACACAUUAUGCUGGACAAAGCUGUAACCAAGGUUCCGAUCAGAUGUGAAUGUUCAACUAAAAAAAGUAAAUUGAAACAGUUAAAAAAAAAUAACCGGAAGAAAAAUAUUUAAAAUGUGCUUCUGCAAAGUUGUUUCGUUGUAUCCAUCUUUUCAGUGCCCAAAAUUAUGCUAUAUUCUAGGAACACAUUUGGUUUUUUUAAAUAAAAGGAAUCGUUCAUUGUACAGUUCCCUGUUUAGAUUAUUAAGCUGUAUCGUGACAAUUGAUUUUCGUUUUACAUUUAUUCGAUUUGUGAUAAAGGAAAACAAAGUGGCAUUGUUACGCGAUUUGGAGAAGCGAUUAUUGGCUGGAUAACAAUUAUUGUGUGUUUGUGUUGAAGAUUUUUUUUUCUUUUCGUUCGUUUAUAAGUAGCUUAUUGACACAUUAUACUCAGCCCAAUUUAAGCUAAACUAAAACUGAUAAAUUUAUGAUAGCCGAAAAUAAAAUAAAAUAAAUAUUUCACACAGAA